GUGAAACUUCUGAUAUAUCGGUAGUGUGGCGCCAAAAAGCUUCAUUGCUGACAAUUUCACGAAUGACCUGAACUGAACAUAUGACAAAUCGAAACGGCACUGAGCUUUGUAUUCUUUCUUCGUGGAAAAAAUCUCGCAUUUCCCGUCCUGAGCUUAUUGUUUUUCGAACGAAGUUUUAACACAAUGAACCCAAGUACACACGAACGUUGGCCAGAAAUUGGCUAGUCCACAUCGGGCCCAUCCUAAGACAAAGUUGUCACCCCUGCUGAUAUGGACUCGUCCAGUACCCGACUGUUUACGUUGCGUCCAUACCAUAGCUGAGAAUGCUGUAAUUUAGUGUAAAGUGAUGAACCAAACUCGAGCCCCCGGCACUAUGGGGAGGGACAGCGGAGGGGGGACCCAGUACAGUCCCUCUCUGUCGCCGGAGUGUCUGCUGAUUAAACAGGAGCUCACCGAAGAAGAUGAUGACGUCUCCUUGGAUAUCUACGGAGAGGAACAGGUGGUAAGCGGCCCGUGUACCCCCACCGACACGGACACCCUGGUCCCCUCCCUGACGGACUCCGGCUUUACCGACGGGCUCCACCUGCAAUGCCUGGAGAGCGUGCUGGACUGGCGCGUGGACAAGCUCUGUCUCACCCCGGAACACCUCGGCAGCUUUCAGUUCAGACCUUGUUCAAUUCAUACUGCGGAUCACUCUGGCUUUGAGGAACACCUGGACCAUAUUUAUCAACACCGUCUGAGUAUUGAAUACAAAUACCAAGUGACGUCAUGCCUAGACAACCAACCCGAGGUCACUCCUGGCAUGCGCGGGCUUUUGAUCAGUUGGUUGACUGGAGUUCAUCAUCAGCUGAACCUUUGGCAAGACACGCUGUUUGUGGCAGUUAAUGUGGUAGAUAGAGUGCUAGAUCUCAUGCAAGCCUCGCGAGACUACCUGCAGCUACUCGGAAUAACCUCGCUAUUGAUCGCCUGUAAAUCAGAAGAAAUACAUCCUCCAGAAAUAAAGGAUCUACUGAGCGGAUGUGACGACAUUUACUCACGUGACCAAGUAAAACAAUUAGAAAGGGUCAUUUUGAAUGCCCUGCGGUUUGAUUUGCUGGUUCCCACCUCCCAGUUUUUCCUUGAAUACUUUUCGUCUUGUGUUAUCAGUAACUACUCUGGCUUCCACGCUGACCGUCUCAGACAGGCGCGGUCCAUGGCACGGUGUCUGCUCGAGCUCUCCCUCCAGGAUUACGAACUGAGUCAAAUCCGCCCCUCCAUGCUGGCCCUCUGUAUGUGGAAGUCCGCGCUGGAGCACGUGAACACGGAUGACGGUAACUUCCUGCCGCCCGGCCUCUUCUUUACGCGCGAGGAUUUCCAACAUGUCUUCCGUGAGGUGAAAAUGUUCUCCGAGAAUCUGCAGCAGAGUUUUCCCGAGAUUGUAAACAUCUGUGAUCAUUACUCCAACAUGUAUAGCCAGGAGUGACGUCAUCCCAGCGUCAGUUGAUGGAAGAAAAUAACAUCUCUUUUUGUAUCCACCUUAUGAAAACCACAGGAACUUGAUCGAUAUUACAUUGUUUUAUCCGUCAUAGGUUUGCGAUCAUUGUUCAGUUCAUCAAAGUGCGUUAUGUUUAAGAUGGUGGGUUGACACAGUCCUACUUAGUUUUGAGGAAUAUUUGGUAAAUUCAAUAUUUUGUUACAAAAAAUUCAGAAAUUAUUAUUCAAUUUAAGAGACUUGACAUUGUUGCACUGAUGUCAAAUGACUUACUAUUAUGAUAUAAAAGUUGUACAAUGCUGUUAUUUACAUUGGUUAUCUGUACAAUUAGUGAUGUACAGCAUAAGAUGUUUUGUAUUAUAAUGCUGUAUUACAAGAUCUGUCUGGUUCAGUGAUGUCUUGUAAUAUAGACCAGGUUGUAUAAUGCUGUAUUACAAGAUCUGUCUGGUUCAGUGAUGUCUUGUAACAUAGACCAGGUUGUAUAAUGCUGUAUUUUCUAAGAUUUCUAAUUGUACAGUUCUGGUUGUACAAUACCUUAUUCUGAUUACAUGGUUGUACAGUCCUAUAUUACGUAAGUUAUGUUUGUACAGUGCUAUAUUACAAAAGGAUUGUGCUACAUGAUAUGGUUGAUCAUAUAACCUCUGACUGUAAACGCUAUAUUGCGCACACUUUUUGCAUGGACAAUGCCGUAUUACAAAGUUCUAUUUUUUUCUCGUUACGAUGUGAUGUCACAUUUUAUGUAAUAAUUAGAAGUUUUGUUAUCAUUAAUGACACAUUUUCAUUCUUACAUUCUACAGUUAUUAUUACAGGAAAACCCUCAGCAAAGGAACAGAAAUUUGAUUUGUAAACCACAGAUCACGUGACUGCGUUUCAUUAUUGUCCCAUACUAGACGAUAACAUUACAAUAAAACUUUAUGUAAACGAG